AAAUUAAAAUAUUUAUGGUUCAAAUGUGCUAUAACAAAUGAUUGUGGUUACGAAUGUUUGAGGUUACGAGAGUGUGCUUUGAAUGUGUUUUUGAAUAUUUCAUUUUUAAAAGAGUGAAAAAUGCAAUGAGCAGAAUGUAUCAGAAUACAAAUAUGAUUUCAGAGUCGCGUCAGGACAAAGACGGUCAAAAAGGCCGCGAAACUCAUCAUUGAGAAAUACUAUACUCGACUAACUAUGGAUUUCCAUACAAAUAAAAGGAUAUGCGAAGAAAUCGCUAUUAUUCCCAGUAAAUCUCUGAGAAAUAAAAUCGCUGGAUUUGUUACGCACUUGAUGAAGCGUCUUAGACACAGCCAAGUACGUGGUAUUUCCAUCAAACUUCAAGAAGAAGAAAGGGAACGCAGGGACAACUAUGUUCCUGAAGUGUCUGCUUUAGAGCAUGAUAUCAUAGAAGUUGAUCCAGAAACUAAGGAAAUGUUACAGAUGCUUGGUUUCAACAACAUUCCAGGCCUUCAACUCACACAAUCUCAAUUGCCACCAUAUAGCAGACGUUCU